CAAAGUACGGGGCGGGGGAGGGGGACGAGGGUGGAAGGACAAGAUAAGCUGUGAUUUGUAGAUAGAAGCAUUGCAUGACAGCACAGAAUGUAGUUUAACGCAGAAUAUCUUCAAGAAACAUUUGAGCAGAGCAGAAGAGAAGAACAAAAGGAGCACCUUUUCACCAUAAUGGAAACCCCUGAUUCGUCCUCAAUGAAACUACCCAGUCGGCCUGAACUGUUUGAUUUUGAGGGUAUUUCUAUGGUCCACUACUUCACUGACAACUGGGAAAAGGUGAAAAACUUUCAAGCAAGACCUGAUGACGUUCUGAUCGCCACUUACCCCAAAGCAGGUACCACCUGGGUUUCUUAUAUUCUAGACCUCCUGUAUUUUGGUAAGGGAGAUCCAGAGCGCCAGACUUCCCAGCCUAUCCAUAUGAGAGUGCCAUUCCUGGAGUCAUGUUUUCAUAUUAUACCAUCAGGGACAGAACUGGCUGAUAAUCUGCCCACGUCUCCUCGUCUCAUCAAAACUCAUUUACCUGUUCAGCUUGUGCCAAGGUCCUUCUGGGAGCAGAACUCAAAGAUUGUGUAUGUAGCUCGGAAUGCAAAAGACAAUGCAGUUUCAUAUUUUCAUUUUGAUCGAAUGAACAUGGCACAGCCUGAACCAGGAGACUGGAACACCUUCUUACAGAAAUUUAUGGAAGGAAAGAAUGUGUUUGGUCCUUGGUACGACCAUGUCAUUGGAUGGUGGGAGAAAAAACAGACUUAUUCUAACCUGCUAUACUUGUUCUAUGAGGAUUUGGUUGAAGACACAGGACAUGAGGUGGAACGUUUGUGUUCUUUCUUGGGUUUGUCCACCUCAGUAGAAGAGAGAGAGAAAAUAACAAAGGGGGUUCAGUUUGAUGCCAUGAAACAGAACAAGAUGACCAACUAUUCCACACUCCCAGUCAUGGAUUUCAAGAUCUCACCCUUUAUGCGAAAAGGUAAAGUUGGAGACUGGAAAAAUCACUUCACUGUGGCACAAAAUGAACAGUUUGAUGAGGUCUACAAAGAGAAGAUGAAGAAUACCACUGUCAAGUUUCGCACUUUGAUUUAACUUGAGUUUUUCCUCCAGGGUAACUAAAUUAAUAAUUAAGUUAUUAAUAAUUAAUCUGACAGAAUUAUAGUCAAUUUAUAGAAAUUUGUCCAUUUAUUAAAUAAAUUAUAAGCAAGCCAUUCAUAGGUCAAUUUCUGUGAAAUUUAAUUUCUAUCUUUUUACCAGUCUGUUUAAAGGAACAAUGUCAGAAACGUGUCAUUAUGGUACCAGUAGUGGCCCAGAAAUUACACAAUGCAACUUUAAUUAUAAUCAACAAGGUUACAUUUCUAUUUACUAACAAAUAAAUUAAUAAAACAUAAUGUAAAUAAAA